AUGGGAUACUCACAGACUCAAAAAGAAGCGUUGGCUUUAUUUCGGGCCAUUCGACGAUUGUACAAGUACCUUUACGGAUUGCGUUUUACCAUCAUCACUGAUCACCAAGCGAUACAGUUCUUGUUCAACCCCAACAAAUCCAUCGCGAAGUCCACUGGUGCUAUGCUACAGAGGUGGAGCCUCGCCCCAGCCGCAUACAACUACGAUAUUCAACAUAGUCCAGGAAAGACGAUCCCGCAGCAUGAGUUCCUCUCUCGCUACUCACGAUUUUCAGAGGCCAAACAGUAUCGUUUCAUCUCCCCAGCAUCACCAGUGUCUCGAGAAUCUUUAUGCAAACCUGCGAAGCAGUGCUACGUGGCCAUAAUCUCAACGAUCAAGGAGGGGUGGUCACCGGAGGUAAAGAGAAAGUAUCCUCAAUUCUUUGCUCACCGAGAGGAGUUUUCAGCGCAAUUGAAUGUUGCAUUGUGUCGCGACGAUAGAAUGGUAAUCCUACUGCCAAUACAGAAUAUAAUACCGGUCAGAAAUCCCUCUCCGCUUAGAGCUAAUAGUGUUGUCAAAACUUCCGCUAAUCCUGCUUAA